CAAUGUUGGCACUUGUGAUUCUACCAGAUGUCGCCACCAUACCUCCAAAAAAAACCGUUUAUUUUUUGAAUUUUAAUUUGCAAAAAAACCGGAAAAAUGUUGACUCCGGAAGUAAAACCUUGUUACGUCCUUCUCGAGCCUGUGACCCCCAAAGCAAACGUCGAUUUUAGUGCCGAACUUAAGAAAGUUAUCAACGAACGCAAUCUCCUAACCUCAAAAACCCGAAAACGAAUGACCGAAGCCCUUGAAGAAAUUGAAUGCGAAAAUGAGGAAACAAGUCGUCGCAGUCAAAAGGAGAAUAUUUUGAGGGAAAUACUCGAUUCUGAGGAGAAUUAUUUGAGGCAGUUGGAGGUUAUAAUGGAGUUUUUCAUCAAGCCAGUGCAGGAAAAAAUGUUGCUAAAGUCGAGAGAUUUCGACGUUUUAUUUGGUGAUUUUAACACGAUUUAUAAAGUUAAUAAAGAGUUAAGGCAAGAGCUGAGGAAAAACCCCAAAAAUGUGGCUGGGGCGUUCUCGAAAAUAGCCCCCUUUUUCAAGUGUUACUCGUUCUACGCCUCAGGGUUUAGAAACAGUCUUGACAUUCUCCAGAAUUGCCACCGUGACAAUCAAAAAUUUGGCAAAUUCCUCGAAAUGCAAGAGACCCGACCUGAGGUCCAAUCAAAACUUUCAGCCCUUCUGAUAGCCCCCAUACAACGCGUCCCUCGUUACAAACUUCUCUUAUCAUCACUCCUUAAAUUAACAAACCCAUCAGACCAUGAUUAUCAAAGUCUUUUUGAUUCGUUAAAAAAAGUCGAAGAUGCAGCCAAUCAUAUUAAUACAAUUAUAAAAGAACAAGAAAACAUGCAAAGACUUAUCGAAUUACAACGCUGUUUAAUUAACGGCGAACCAAAUGUUAUAACACCUGGUCGAAAAUUACUAAAGGAAGGGAUUUUGUUUAAAAUUUCCAAAACCGGUCACAGUCAAAAAACACACGUUGCACUUAUGAAUGAUAUUAUUAUUUUUUGCAAAAUGAAAAAGGACGAGGUUAAGGUGAAUUCGUUGAAAUGUUGCGGGAUUUUUCCGCUCAGUAAAUGCAAAAUUCAGACGGUUUAUGAUAAGGGGGCUUUCAAAGUGGUUUGUCAGAAUGAGGAGAUUGUUCUUUAUGAUGGCAGUUAUUCAGAGACUGUUCAGUGGGUUGAGGAGAUUGAAUCAGCGAUUGAAACACAUGUUAAUGAUCGCAAAACAUUGAGGAAGGAAAGUACUGUUCGGAGGCCGGUCAAGAGGAAGGAUUUGGGGGAAUAUAACGAAAUUGGCUUGAGUCCUGGCAAGAAAUUGAGGAAACGGAAAUCACCAUUUCUUGAAGAAAGCAACGUUUUGAGCCCGUUGAGAGUUUCAAAAAGGCGCCCAAUCAGAGAAACGAAUACGAAUCUCAAGCCUCCUUCGUUUUUUGUAACGUUGAAACCACGAGAAGAUGAAGACAGUGAUAAUAAUAAGCCAGUGUCUAAUGAAGUUUUCGUGUUUGGAAAACCGCAUCCAGAUCAGGGAUUUUCGUUCAAGAUGAAUCAAUGGUUGUGUGGGAUUGGCACCUCUGUUAAAAAAAUGUUAGGUUUUAAAUAAGUUUUUUAAAAUAUUAAGCCGAGUUGUAAUUUAUUUAAUUUGUAAAGUUUUAAAUCGUUUUUUAAUAAGGAAUUACAAGUUUAGGGGAGUUGUGGCGGUAAGGUUGGCAGCAGUGGAAGUCACUAGGUGCCUAUGUUCCCGCGUUCGGUUGGCGUCGGUUUUGUUAUGCGCUUUGUUUUUGGGUGUUUUUUAAAAAUUUUCUCGUUUUCUUUUGUCUUAAUACUCUUGUGAUAGUGUUGGACAGAAAAACCCUGAUGUAGUUAGUGCCCAGAAGUGAAGAAACAAUGAUUUAGUCCGAUUCCACAGCCUCCUGUUGCUCAAUCCUGUUUACUCCUUUUCUCCAGUGCCCCAGGUCAGUUUUUCCUUUAUAAAAUCCUCAAAUACAAAAACAACUGUUUUUUUAAUAAUGAAAUUAAACUGCGGACGCUAUUUUACACGCUGUGAACUUUUUUUUUAUUAUUUUAACCCAAGCGUGGGUCGCCAUUGUGUUUAUUAAAUUUGAGACGUUCAAA